AUGCAGCAGAUGCAGCAAUUGCGCAUGAUUUAGUAAGAUAAGGAGCGAGAACUGGUGCAGAAAGAAAAGCAGAUUAAAUGGGCUGACUCACUUGAAAACCAAAUUAAAAUAAAAAAGGACAUAGGUGGUCUUGAAUACAUGCAAGGUAUUAAUCAGAGACUCGACAUUGAUGAAGCUUAGAAACUAGGAGAUUAGUAAGAACUAGUAGAACUAGAUCUGACAGCAAGGCUGAAACAAUCGAUAUCAAAGGAAAACUACUCUUAAAACUAGCAUCAUCAUUACAGAGAUUAGUAACUGCGACAGUAACUGCUUCAGGAGGAACAGCAACAUUUGUAGAAUGUUGACAAGGCACUUAGGAAGGACUAGCAGUUCAAGGAGUAGGAGCAGUUUAAGUAUCAGCAGAGUGUGAAGGAGUUAGUAGAAAUGAAGAAGGUAGAAAAGGACAAGGAAAGAGACAGAUCUCGCAGAGAAAAAGAAGAAUAUGCUUAGAGUUGCAUUGAAAACUAGAAAGUGCAUUCAAAAUAGCAACAACAAUACAUGGAGUACUUCUAGCUGUAAGAUAUGAAUCAAAGGCAGAGACAGCAACAGUAUCAGAGCACAGUUUUGAUCCCUGAGCUGACUAAAUUAGAUUAAAUCAGCUAAAAGGAACAAAAAGACCAAUAUAUGUAUUAGAGAAAGUUAGACGAGAAGGAAAUGGAAAAAUAUAACAGAAGACUGUCUAAUCAAGUGUCUACCACUAAUACAAACAAAGACCUGCUCUCUCGUAAAUCCAAUGACCACUUCUUGAACUAACUUACCAAGCAAAAGGAACUUCAAGAUCGCCUGAUAAAUGAGAGAAACCAGCACAUUGAAUCUGCUUUAUCUAUUGAGCAAAAUAAAAAGCUUUAGAACUUCUACAAGCUAACACUUGAUCAAUAAAAACGUAUGAAGGAUUCAGCUGUAGAGGAGUAUGGGCAGAUGACUCAUUAGGAGAAGAAAUUUAAUAAAUACGACUUGGAGGGGUACAAAAACUGGGAUGCCACUCUCCCACCUAAUACUUAUAGAGAUGGCAUGGUAAAUAUGAGCAAUGGUUUGGUACCUGGCCUGAUACACAAUAAUACAAUUGGAAGUGUGCCAGUCAAAACACAGAGGAAUUAUGACUCUGCUCUGAAUCAAAUGACCUCGAAGGACUAGCAGUUCUUUACCUAGAGAAAUUUAAGCAAUAGGAAUUCAUAUGACAGGCUGCCCAGCAGGUCUAGUUUGGGGGAAAGUCCAAAUGGUAAUAUGAAUCAGCAGAGAUAGCAUUAGCAGAGUAGGCAUUAGUCCAAAGAGUCUUAGAACAGAUACUCACCUUCUUUGUUAAACUAAGGUGCUGGUGCUUAUCUUCAAGCAUAGUAGUAAAUAUAGUAACCGCCUUUAAAAGGAUAACUGCUGCAGGGCAAUCUCUAUGGAUCAAGCAGUGUGGGCACAUUGAUAUCUCCUAAAAAGGAAUUGAUCUCCAUAACUGAAUACAACACUAUAGUAAAUCCAAUAGCCAACAAAGAGAAAAACCCAAUCAUUCAAAGAAUGAAACUUUAACAUUACAUGAAAAAUAGUUACAGAUGA